CUUCACUGUGCCAAACUUGUAAAUCGGUGCCUACCUUAAGCGAAAUAAAUAUUUUCCCACAUUUAUGAAGCUUUUUUUUUGGUCCUGAGUGAUAAGCAAGCUCACAAGUCUUCGUCUUCAAUCCCACCAUAGAGGGUGACGAGAAAGAAGAUUACGCAAGAAUUCACAAUGACCGAAACCUGCAAGGCGUGCCACGAUCCACUCAUAAUAUCUCUGGACCCGGAAGACUUGGACAAUGGCGAGAAUCAGCCGCAAACCGUCCCUGAUGACCUUCUCCUGCCGUGCGGCUGCCAUUUCCACUGGCAAUGCCUUCUCGACGAGUCAUCCACAAUAGUUAGCACCCUCUCCUGCCCCUCUUGCAACACCUACCUAUCCUCCAACGCCGCCGGCGCCUCCUCCUCCUCGUCCUCCUCGGCUCCGGCCCCGGCGGAUCCCGUCAUCCUGACCCACUACACCAACGAGGGCGGCGUCGACCCCUCCCUCGACAUCUACCCCUCCCUAGCCGAAGAGGCCUACCUGACCGCCCACCCGGAAGCCCGUCCCGCGCGGGCCUUCCACACGCUCGUGUCCGAAGGCGAGGUGCAGGGCAUGGUGGAGCUGCUCGCGGACGUGGACGGGAACGAGGAGGCGCCGCUCUCGGCCGCCCAGCUGCUCGCCUGGCGAGAUCCGCUCAACGGCGGGCGGAGCGCGCUGCACGUGGCUUUGGAGGCGCGGCAGGAGGAGGCGGUCUGGUUGCUUCUCUGGCUGGGGAGCAGGGCGAGGAGAGAGGACUUCCCCGAGGCAGUAGUCCAAGUUGCGGCCGCGAACGGGUUACCGAGGCGACUGGAGGGGGUGGAGGAUGGGGAGGAUGUGAGGUUUGUGAAGGAUGAGAGGGGAAGGACAGCGGGAGAUGUUUGCUUGGAACUCGGGGAGCCCUGGACGAAGUUGGUUGAGGGAGGCUUGUUCAGUUAAACAACAAAAGUACCUAGCCAGCGGCAGCGACGCCGGCUGAUGAGUGGUGGCGAGGGGUAACGGUUGUUGAGAAGUACCAAAAGAAAGGAAGUAAAUGCAUCCAAGGUAAAAUUUGCUCUAGAUCACGGUUGAGAGAACGAGACUUAUUUUUUUUUUUAA